CCUCCUCCUUUUCCACCAGAGGUUUCACCUCUGCAAGGUGAGCAUCCUGGAACUCUGUUGACAUGUUCAGUAGCUGGUAUCUGCUGCGGUCCCGCUUCCCCCUUCGCCGCUGCUGCCGCCGCCGCGCUCCGAUCCUCACCCGCCCGCGGCCGCGGGGCGGAUUUAUAGCCCGCGCCCCGCCCGCCGGGCGGCGCUGCCCGCCGCCGCCGCCGCCGCCGCCUCCCCGAGCGGAGCACGGGGCGGGACAGCACCGGUUCCGGGGCUCCGCCCGCACGUCCCGCGCCCCAGGGCUCCCCCCGGUCGCCCGCAGGUGUUUGCAGCGCUACACGCCGGGGGGCUCGGUGUGCACGGGGUCGGUACGUAACAGCGGGGAAGCCCGGCGCAAAACCUGCGAGCCCGCGUCCCGCGUUCUUGCAGGUGGCGCAACCCAGCCGGGGAGAGGCUCGUCUCUGACAUCCCCUUCCCGGGCAAGCUUUGGGAGCACUGAACAGCUGAGACCUGCCGCCCUGCUUCCCGAAGCGGUAGCGUGCCGGGGGGAAAGGUUUUCACACCGUUUGGUGAGGAGUGGCGAGUGUGUGCGUGGGGUUUGCCCGGGGAUCGGAAGAACAGCCGUCUUGGGCAAGGCUGAGCACAGGACCGCAACUGCGGGGUCCUGGCACGAGUGGUCCAAAUCGUGCGGGUGUCUGCACGACUGUAUAAAAACAAGUCCAUUUACCAGAUCCUGAAUUGCAAAAUCGGUUGCUCAUACAUUAACAUCAGCACUCGGAAGGAACUCUAAUUGCAGGAGAAGGAAAAUGCCUUCACACACUUCUGACGAAGUUCAGAGGGUGCAGCGGGUGCUGCGAGUGCUGGGUGAGUUUCCCAGCAAACGGCUUUUGGGCGAGAAGCGCAGCCAAUCGUUUAUUCCCAAAAGAGGCCCUAGCCUGCUGAGUACAGACUAUCUCUAUGUACACAGCCCUGCGUGUAGCCACCCUCUAAGGGGCGGGUGAAACUGUGACAGCCUGAACUGCUUUUUCUGUGGCUUUUCUGCAAAGCGCGCUUACACCCUGUGUGUGAUUUCACUGAACAACCUUGCUUUUAUGGCAGGUUACUGCGACCCAAACUGUUGAAAUCCACAGCACGUCGUCGUUCUCCCUACAUGCAGUGGCCUGAAGAGGAAAUCAGAAAUUUCUGAAACUCUGAGACUCUGUUAAAAUCACUGCCCCGAUUUCUCAGCUAUACAAUAAGCUUAUUAAGCCCAGCCUAUAAAAGCUUGCUGCUGUUCAAAUGCAUAUCAGGUUCUCUCCUUCUAUCCCAGCUUCUGCACCUGAAUCAGAAAGUGCUGCCUUCAGAAAGAACCCUGGAAGCCUUUUCACCAUGAAGUGACAGGAGACCACGCUGUGCAGCAGUAACCCUGAAUUAUUACUAAGUGUAGAAUAAAGGAAAUAUCAUGUUUUCUUGCCUUUGAUUAGUUGAUGUCUGCAAGGAUGAAAAGUACUUCUAAAACAGCAUGAGAGAAGCACUUGUUAUGACAGUGCUGCACUGUGUCUGUUUGCUUUGUUUUUUGAAUCACAAAAGGUCUAACCUUUUUCAUACUCAUUUUAAACUGUGAGGCCAGGAAAACAAUGACACCACCAGAAAUAAUUUAGUUUGUGACUGAGCCUAUUUUGAGGUCAUAUCUUUACAUUUAUGUCAAUAAAUCACUUGCUUUCUCUGUUUGUUAUGGAA